UGGCGGACAAGCAUGAGUUUUGAGGUUACAAUAUUGAAAAAUUCGUGAUCACGAAAUGGGUUACGGGCUAAAACUUUUGGCUUUAUUCUCUUUUGUCUCGUUUCUCUAUGUUGCGGGAAUUUUUCUCUUCACGCGCGGUUUUCUUCUCAAGCGACUGGUUAUCAACGAAUACAGCCAGUGCAAGGAGACCCCUAACUUGCUCUGUGAUAUACAAUAUUCCGGUGAUGCUGACGGAUGCUGGCUUAAGAAGAGAUACGAAAAGGCCGUGAUCCUGAUCAUCGAUGCCUUACGCUACGAUUUUACGGUAUAUAGUGAGACGUUAGACGAACAAGAGCCUCUACCGUACCGUAACAAGUUGAAAGUCAUUCAUGAAGUGUUGGAGAAAAAACCUGAACAUGGAGCGCUCUUCCGGUUUGUCGCUGAUCCUCCGACCACUACAAUGCAGCGGCUGAAGGGAAUCACAACUGGUGAGAUACCUAGGGCUCUUUUAGUUGGACCAUAUAAUAAGCUGUUACAAGUAGAACAGGACAUGGAAAAAAUAAGCGGUUUAUACUUGUGUUUUUUUAAACGACAAUACUAGCCAGGGAAACAGCUGACCUCCUAAGGACGGUUUUUACCAUCUGUGGAAUCGAGAGUUCGAGACAAAAUUAAAGCAGCCAAGAGGAGCAGCCAAAAUUUCCUGGAAAUGAAAUUUAAGAAAACGGAGGCAUAAAAAGAUUUAUAGGUUCAACAGACUCAGAAUGUUUCCAUUUUCUUUGUUCCCUUUAUUUCAUCCAUUCAUUCAUUCAGUCAUUCAGCCAUUCGUUUGUUUGUUCAUUCGUUCAUUCAUUCAUUCAUUCUGUUAUUGAUAAAUUCUAUGGUGCAAGGCCCAUACUACAGCAGGUACUUUAACAAACUAUUUUUUAGAAGAAAGAGAAAUCUAAUAGCAGAAAGCUCAGAAAAAUUUCAAAGCUCCAGAUAGAUUCAAAGUCAUGACUCUCUGAGUUCUAGAUUGGGUGGCCUGUUCUCAAAUCUAAUGGAGGCUACAUGGCUAGAAGGGUAAAAAAAUAAUUAUAAUUAAACCAGCUGUGGUGAACUGUCGCGAAAUUUAUCUCCCACAACAUCUUUUUCAGGAAGUCUACCCACAUUUGUAGAUGCUGGAAGAAACUUUGCCAGCUCAAAUAUCACGGAAGACCACAUUAUUUCUCAGCUGAAAUCUUUGCAGAAAAACAUAACCUUUAUGGGUGACGACACUUGGGAAAGUCUAUUCCCUGGCUUGUUCCACAAGUCCUAUCCAUUCCCAUCAUUUAAUGUCAUGGAUCUACACACAGUAGACAAUGGAGUCAUUGCACAUUUGAUUCCAGAACUAAAGUCAAAAGACUGGGAUGUGCUGAUCGGACACUUUCUUGGUGUUGACCAUUGUGGGCACAAAUAUGGUCCCAAUCACCCUGAAAUGGCCUCUAAGCUUACUCAGAUGGACACCAUAUUACGGUACAGUGUAUGUAGUGUUAAAAACAACAAGUUUUUCAGCUCAUUCAUUAAUACCUUGUGAUAUACUGUAAACUGCCACUUAUAAGCCGUGGGCUCAUAAAACUUUGUAAGGUGUUUAGGAAGGCUUAAAUACAUUCAUGUAGAAGCUUUGUAGGAAUUCCCUUUAAAUGUGACUGGGAUGCCUGUCUGAGAAGUCAACAAAACGCUCCUUAAAAGUCACCAAAAUGUUGUUUUGUGGGUGUGGCUAAAAGUUCAUUUGGAUUGUAUGCUGUACAAGUAACUGAAUAGUAACGGUGGCUCAAAAACGCAUGGGCUAACUAUUGGCUCAUUUAUGGUCAUUGGCCAGGUCGUAACUUUCUUUCAUCGUAAGUUAUUGUUAUCAUUACUAUGACCUUUUAUUAGACAUCCUUUCUUGAGAUUUUUUGUGUUUUGUCUUCAUAACUACCUUACAGCUCAGCAAACACAUCUUAACAAAUGGACAGACAGUGUCAAUUUUUCUGUCACUUUUGAGGAAAAAAUGUUUGAUAUUGUGUUCCCUUGAAGCUUUUCAUAAUCUUUUACUACAUUCUUGUAACUGAGCUAAAACACCAAAGGUAAUAAUUUUUUUUUUUACUACAUGAUUACUUACUUAUGUUGCAGUGAUGUGAUUGAAACACUGGAUGAAGAUACAGUGUUGUUUUUGAUGGGUGACCAUGGUAUGACACGUACUGGUGACCAUGGUGGUGACAGUAAUGAUGAGGUGGAUGCUGCUCUAUUUGUCUACUCACACAAGCCCCUUGUCACUUGCGACAUGAAAUGGGUGAGUGUACAAUUGGUUAAGUUACUAUCUUUUUAUGACUAAGAGCUAAGUUGAUUUCAAAAUUUAUCCAUCAUCCACCCAUCAAAUGCCUCAUUAGUUCACAGGCAAUGGCAAUAUUUGGCUCAUACGUGAUUUAAAAACAAACAAACAAACUUCACAUUAGAAUUUUAUGUUGGCUCACAGCUGAUGUUCCUUCAGAGGUUUAGAGCCCAGCCAGCAUGGAAAGAAGCUGUAUAUUUGGGUUCUUACACACAAAAAGCGUUGCUCAUUCAUGCAAGAUUCAAGCGGUCGCAUGCAAGUAGCAACUUCUCUUACACGGAAAAGGCAAAGGUUCUUAGUGCGAGGUGAAGUAGCACAAAGGCAGGAGCUAUAAUCAAGGCUACUGUAUGAUGGGUAUUUCAUAGAAAGCAGGCAUACACUUCUAUUCCUUUUUUUUUCCUUUGAACCAUCAUUUCCAUAACUGUAUGUGUUUUUUUCUUCCUUUGUUAUGCUUAGAAAAGAACCACAAGUGUCUCUCAAAUCGACCUAGUCCCAACCUUCUCUCUGCUUCUUGGCCUUCCAAUUCCUUUUGGUAGCUUAGGGACCAUUAUACCGGAUCUUUUUUGUCAUGGAGACGCAGUGAUCUCUGGAGCUCUUUCAACAAACCACCUCAACCGUUCAAAAUUACGAGAGGUUCUAGACUUUCUACAGAGAAUUGCAGCUUUUGAGCUUAAUGCUAAACAAGUUCACAGAUAUCUCUCUACGUACACUUCGCUCUCAACGGAAAUCUCCAUGAGUGCACUUAAAGAACUCGAAAAAAUCUUAAACAACGCAACUUCAUUCGUUUCCGAAAUUAAACACGUGAUGGACCGCGUUGGAGAUGUCAAGGGGAUAACUGAAAAACUAACUGACGAAGAACUGGUGCAUCUUCAUGAAAGAUUGACCUACAGCGAGGAAUUGUUCGUUGAUUAUCUCUCGCGGGCGAAGGCGCUCUGUCAGUCAUUGUGGGCAAAGUUCGAUCUGAAUUUGGUAUAUGCUGGUAUCUUUGUGUUAUUUAUUGCUAUUACCGCAGUUGGGAUGAUAUUGGUUAACAGAAAUGUGAAGUUGCCAGUGCUGGUAAUAGUUUCUUUAUUAAUCCUCGUUAUUUCCUCCGUAGUAACUUCAUUUAACUGUGAAGUCGUUAUCAUCAUUAUUACCUUUUUUAUUACGGGAUUAAUACUUGGGAUUUCUGUCCUUCUUCGGAGGAUGAUCGUUAAAAAGACAGAGGAAAACAAUGGCGGCUUCUUUAGAAGACUUUCUGCAGACAGCAUUUUAGCACUGGCUUUAUGCGUUUUUCAAUUUGCUGCCUCGUUUUCUAACAGCUUUGUGGUGAAUGAGGACAAAAUUGUCGCGUUCUUCAUUCAGGCAUUAAUCACAGUUAAAUGCGUUCAGGGCCUAUGGAAAUCUGGCCUGUGGGAAAACAGAAGACUCUUGCAAAGACAGAGUUUAAAGAAGUCUGGGAAAAAGGAGGCAAGGCGGCCCAGUGUAAAUGGGUUUCUUAUAAGGCUGUCUCUUACAUGGAUAACCUUUGAAAUUAUUACUAGAACUGCGGAAGGUCUGAAAGGUUGUAGAGAAGAACAAUGGUAUUGCGUGCCUUCGGAUUUUCUCAAACCCUUAUCUGCUUCAACAGAGGAAAGUUCUGCGUCAAGUAACCGUUUUUUACUUACCGUACUUUGCACGGGCGUGGUCCCGCUUUCUGUCCAGCAGUGGCUUCGUUACCAAGGAAACUUAAACGGACCUUCGUUUUUGGUAUUGUGCGUGAAGUACGCUCUGCCGUUCUCUUUUUUCUUGAUGUGCGCUCACUGGGCUUUGCAGAUUGUCCCGCAGGAAAUGAAUUCUUUGCUGCCGGAAAUUCAACUCUGGCAGCAAAUUAUUCUGCCACAGGUGGUCUACUGUCUUUGUGUCGUGACAUUCGUAUGCCUUCUGUACUCACCACUGUGUAUCUACACCGUUUUCAGAGGAAGAAAAAAUUCGUGGACGGAGACUAUUGACUCCUUGCAGAAUGUCGAAGAUAGCUCUAAAAUAAUCCAUGCGUUAUUUAGAGAGAUUAAGCAGAAAAUGGAUGAUGUAGAUGGCAAAAAACAUCAUGUUGAAGAUGGUACUAGAGAUGGAGAAUCCACGCCAAUGGUUUACGGUUUAGCAACAGUAUAUUCAUCUGCAGUCUUGGUUUUAUCCUUGGCUAUUUUAUUGCCUUUGAUGAUGCUACUUGGAAAUGGAAUGUCAUUGUCUUUGGCUUUGAUGUGUGCACAAAUCCUCCUGUUGUUGGAGGUUCAUGGACUGUCACAAGAUCUUGAAUCACAAAAGAGUGAUGGCAGUAUUCCAGGUUAGUUCAGCGCCAUCACACGGUGCUUAUUUCGCCUCAGUGGCGCUAGAUUUUGUGUGUCACUUCUUCAAAAAAUAGUUCUUAUACAUGUAGAAGCGACGUAAUAAUGAAGUGUUUGUUUGUCCUACCACCCUGUUCUAACUAUUUGCCCGCUUAAAAACGAAAAGGGAACUAUUAAUAGCGACAGGGAAAAAAUAGGCCAUUUCCGAGUUCCAAAAAAUCUCACUUUCAAAACGAGGCUAAGUUCGAAACCUUUGUUGUGAAAAUGAGUUUUAUUUUUAUCAUAAUUAAAAAUCAUUUUCAUAUCAAUAGCUUCGCACUUAGCCUUGCUUUGAAAGUGAGAUUUUUUGGAACUCGGAAAUGGCCUAUCAGCCAAAAGUUGACCUGCGCAUUCCCAGAAACAAUUGCGGGACGCAUCUCGACCCCAGUUUCCUUCGCAUUUCUAAAGUUUCGACUGCUCUCCGGAAGUACUCUUUUGUAGAGCUACAUAUAUAAGUCGGCCAUCAGACAAUGUCCGACUACAAUUACCCAUGUUCGACUAAAACCCUCGCCGUAGUCGGACAUGAUGACCACACUGUCCAAUUGCCAAUGACUAUCGUUUUAACGUUGAAGAUUUGCGUUGUGUUUAAAGAAAUUAAAAGGUAAUGAAAUGUAUUAAUGUGUGACCGAAAGAUUUUUGGCGCGUUCGACUCAAACGGCGACUUGGUGGGACAUACUUUCUUUCUGAUAAGAUAAAUUAUAUGCAUGCAGUCCGGUUUAGAUCUGGACGUUUCGACUCCGGUACUUGUCUUCCUUUAUUACUUGUUCAUACAUAGUGAUGUCAUCAAGUUUGCAAACACUGCCUAUUUCAAUUGUAAAAGUGAAGUCAUCAAUCCUAAUUGUUUACCCAAUGCUGCUUUAUCAGAUCCCUCGUCGAGCGUAGUUGUCCUGUGGCACUUCCUCGCGUCAUAUUACUUCUACUGCACAGGACACCAGGCUACAAUCCCCUCUAUACGGUUCGAGGCUGCUUUUAUUGGCUUUCCAGGAGAUAUGGAAAAUAUCGUUUUACCAGGUUAGUCAGAGAGCGGUAUACUAACAUGCUUCGGCAAAGCUGUGAGAUUUCCUACAAAUUACACCACGUUAUAGUUAAACCAAGGCCGAAUUGACUUCAGAGACGGAAUCAUACUCUUAAUGCUGAGAUUAAUUACCGUGUACUCGUUACUUUUGACAGCCCUGUUAAAAGAGGAGAGAAUACAACUUCGAACCCUUUUCUUAUCCCGAGACUAAACUAACAUGUUUUUUUUUGGCUCAAGUUUCUUUCAUUCUAGUGACAAGUAAUAUAGCCAUUCUAUUGCUCUAACAAAUGUUCACCUUUUCGAUUCAAAUUUCAGGUCUGCUUAUUCUCCUCAACACAUUCGCUGGGCCAGUCUUUUUUGCCGUUAGUCUUCCUCUUCUCCUGUUUUGGCCCCAAAUUCCGAACCGUCUACUAGGGACUGGUAACAAGAAUGAACAGCAGUCAAGUAAAGGAGAAUUUGAUUGGAUCGAAGCCCCGGAACUGCUGAGAACCCGGAUGUUUCGCCUCAUUGUCAUGUACCAGAUGCUUAAUGGCGUUAAGGUUGUUCUAUAUUUCCCUUUUGAAAAUAGAUUCCAGUCUUUGUUUCUGUCGCAGUCUUGGCACACUUGCUGCGAAAAGAACUUCCUAGCCCAUAGCCGUUCCCUUUCCUGAUUAUUUUGGGACAAAUGCAAUAAUUUCUAGUAAUGAAAUGGCGUGAGAGAAAACCUAAUAAUCUUGUAGCCUUUGAAAUCUUUACUGAGCGGCUAAAACUUUUGCCUGGAAAUUACCUUCGGUGUUUGUCUACGUACGUGAUGUAUUACGCUGAUAACAUUCCAAAGAAGUCUGUAUGUAUUUGUUAACAAAUUUCGUCCACCAAGACGUUCCUAGAUAUCCAUAUGUAUUGAAUGCAUGAUCAGUAGAUUGCAAAGACCAAGACCUAAGUAAACUGAACUCUAACUGAGAAAAUAUUAGAAACUUUUUAAGAAAACCUGCGAGAAUGCUUUAAGGUCUUCAUUCUUUUAUCAAAUAAACCAACACACACUUCUAAACUGAUUCACGAACACGUUCUCGUUCAUGCACAAAUUCUUCGUCUUGCUGCUUUAUCUAUUCAUCGUACUUUAUCUUAACUUGGAUGAUUUUUUUUUUACAGCUUUUGGGAACCUGUUGCUCUGCCGCGUUGCACCGCCGUCAUCUUAUGGUGUGGAAGAUUUUCGCCCCGCGAUUCGUUUUUGAGGGCGUCUCGUUCCUGUUGACCACAAUCGUGCUGGCUGCCAGUUUUCUGUCAGUUCUCAGAGUGGAUCAGGCGUUGCGAAGCUGGUUUAAGAGACUUGAGACAUCCGAUGAGUGGAAAAAUAAGAACAGAUAGUUCAUUUUUUCUUCACAUCCUUUGGUGUGUAAUCUUAAAUCACAGUUUAAUUCUCGAUCUUUAAAGGCGCCUUUGUCUAAGUACCGUUUACAUGAAAUGUUUCUUUCUUAGCCAGACUGAU